AUGAUCUCCUUUCCGUCCUCCGGCCAUGAUCUCCACUCCAGCACGCCUCUGGACCUCCACUACCAACGACCGACCUACCUUCCUUUUCGUCGAAUAUCGCUCCCUUCUGCCCCGAAUCUGCAGCACCGACAGUCUAUCGUUAGUACUGCGUCCUUCGACUCCCUGCCCGAGGAGGACCAUGGAGCCGUCCCUGUAACGCCCGUGGUGAUCAGAAAUGCGGUCAAAGGUCCGAAACACAGGCCAUCAUCUCUCGACGUAUCCCGGAGAGCCAUACGUCGGAGAGAGUCGCGCGUCGUGGAUGAGCAGAGGGAAGCGAAGCGCAGGAAGGUGAUCGCCGAGUUCUACGAGACGGAGAAGUCAUAUCUGGACGGGCUCGAGCUCAUUCACUCGCAUUUCCUGACCCCGAUUAUCGCUUCCCUAGAUACCCCGCAGCCCUUGCUCAAUCGUGCUGAACUCACGUCCAUCUUUUCCAACUUCAUCGACAUCUGGAAUCUCCAUCGCUCGUUUUACGUGUCUCUGACCACCUUCCUCAAUACCUCUGCAACCGUUCGUGCGCGCGAGCCGCCUCCUCCCCUGUCUCCUGUCCUGCUCGCACACUUCCCAUACCUCUCGCUCUACACGCCUUUCGUGAGCAGCUUUUCGGACGCGCUCGCGUCGUAUGCUGCGUUGAUGAGAAGCAACGCAGCUUUCGCGCACUUUAUUGCGACACAGGAGGCUGAUCCUCGAUGUGGGAAGCUCAAGUUUAGGGACUGGCUAUUGACCAUUGUACAGCGGUGUCCACGGUAUCUGCUCCUUCUGAAGGACAUGAUCAGUUGCACCGACGCCGAGGACCCCGAGUAUGCGUCGCUCACCGCGGUCCAUACACUCGUGUCGAAGAUCACCAUGUCCUUGAACACCUCAUUACAUACGCACGCCCAAACUCUGUCCCUCCUCGCCCUCCAGCGCAACACUGUCAACCUCCCCUUUCAACUCAUCUCGCCCGGCCGUACCUUCCUCAAACGCUCCCCCCUCCUCCAGUUCGAGGGCUCCACGCCCAAAGAGCGCGAGUUCCUCCUCUUCUCAGACUGCCUCAUCUGGCUCGCGAGCGCCGACGGGGAUAUCUUCUCCGAGAAGUGGUCCUCCUACGCCGCGUCCCCUACAUCUGUGUCCGUUUCCAGCAGCACCCCGGACCUGCUCCGCACGCGCAUGAGGAGCGGCGACGACCAGCCGCAGCCGGAGGCAUUGAGGAAGCGGCAGUCUCUACUGAACGUGAGGCUGAACGGGAGCCCGAGGAAGAAGCGGCAGGCGAGCAGCGGCGUGGAUGACAGAUGGGUCUAUAAAGGUCAUGUGGAGCUUGUGGAUCUUGAGGUUGUCGUGAGUACGCCGGCAGCGGAGGAUACGCAAGAGCGGGGUUUCGAGUUGCUGAGCCCGCAGCAGUCGUUUGCGGUCUAUGCUGUGAAUGAAGAGGAGCGUGACGAGUGGGUGACGGCCAUCCGAAACGCAAAGUCGUCACUCCUGGUCUCGCUGAGCAUCAUGCAGCUCAACUCGACGCUGACAUCCUCGUCCUCGACACAACACCUCCGGAGGACGUUGCAGGCGCUGCCCUACGCUCCGGACGACUCGUCAAGACCGAAACGAGGGAAGGUCGAGCAUUUCGUCCCUGCCGUCUGGGUGCCUGACGGGAAGACGGAGAGCUGCAUGCGAUGCGGUCGGACGUUCGGCUGGAGGCGGCGGAGACACCACUGUCGGCUGUGCGGGAGAUGUGUCUGUGGCAGCUGUUCUGGGAAGACGUUCUACAUCGUCGAGUCAGGCGCGAAGGACAGCAAGUCCGCGCGUGCCUGCGACUCGUGCUACGACACAGUAUUCCCUCUCCUCGAGCAGCCCUCCGAUCCGUCGGUCACGGUCACUGCUGGCACUGUCCAUUCACACUUUACAUUAUCAGGUCUGAAGAGCAUGCCCUCUCUGCUGCUGAACGACGUCACUUCGAGCUCGCCAUCGGCUCUCAUGGCUAUUGACCUCGACUCUCCGAAACGCAUGCUCUCGCCUAUCGAAGACGAGUCGUCCCCUCUGGACGAGCUGCCGAAUAGCUCGCCGGUUGCUGCGAUGAGGAUAAGGUCCGCACCACGACCGAAGAGCUAUGUCCAGAUCCUCGAGGAGUUCCAGGAGCGGGAAGCGUCUCCGACAACGAGUCCUCGAGCCUCGCGGUUCAGCGAGCGAAGCACCAUGGACGAGACGCAUGGACCGCUAAAUGAGCAGGACGAAGAAGCUCUGUUAGACGAUGAAGAGCAAGAGCUCGAAGCCCCCAGCAUCGCGGAGAGCAGCCUCCCCUCGACGCCGCGCAAGGAGAACACCGCGCGACGACACAAGCGGUUCUCCCUGCCCGCCGUCGCACUGCAGACGAGCCCCGUUACGGCUCGGCCGAACAUCGAGGGCAAAGGCAACAAUCGGUUCUCCCUCGUUCUCGGGAGGAGCGGCAGCAUUGCGCAUCAACAGGACGAGUCGCCAAGUCGUCUCAGGCACAGUGUGGUUGCGGGGCGGCUGAAUGAGCUGCUCGGGCGCGGCAAGGACUGAUGAGCGGCGAGGCUGAGCCCAUCUGACACUAAUGGUGGGCGAGGGUUGGCCACACUGCCGACGCAGAUAGAGGCGCAGGCGUGGCGUCGGGACUUAUCCUUGUGCGCGCUGAGCUGUGAUGAGUCCACUGCAGGGAACGCGCGUGUAGACUUUUUGGCCUUAGGUUUCAUCGUCCGUGUCGGCGCUGCUGCGGCACGCUCGUACUGGUAGAUGACUCCCGAGUCCAGAGCCUCCAGGCCAGCAUGCUACUGCCUUUGUGCGUUUUUCUUUUCAUCCGCAUACCGGUAUAUAGCGAUUGACCCUUGCAUCCCAUCUACCCUUCAAUUCUUUGCUCCCACUUCCUCAACCACUACCGGUAUCGGUCAGCAUCAUUCAUCUAUUGGACGUUGCUAUUGAAUGCACGUAAUGACUUUGUACGCUAUGAUGAUACCAGAUGCACGUCGCGCCUUUUUGUAUUUCCUGAGGGCUCCUUACUUCAUGGCGCUGCUUCAUCACGACAAUCACGACUGUAUUGUAUCUCUCUUGCCCAUCUCAUAUGCGUGCGGUUCGUCCGGUGGUUUCAUGAUUCGC